AGGGGCUCGACGCCCUCGCUCUCUCCCCCCCUAUACAAAACUCCCCAAAUCCCCCGCAGGGCCGACCAUGGCGGACGAGCAAUGCCGCGAGGGAGGCUACUCCCAGCUGAGAGAUCUCCGCAUCGGCCUCGAUCGAGGAGGCGAAGGCGGCAAAGGAGGAGGAGAAGAGGGCGGCGAUAGCGACAGCGGCUUCUCGCUCUCUAACUCUGCUCGCCCUUCUUCUGUGAUCCUUCGUCAGAUAUAUUCAGAAAAUGAAAAUGAAGUUCCCUUUCUGGCUCCGAGCAAGGAGAACAAGCUGACACUCUUUCCUUUGAUGUUCUUACAUAAUGAAGCUCCAUCUACUGGCAGUGACACGCCACGCACAUCUGCAGAGAUCUAAUGCCCACUGGGGAAAUGGGUUCAUGUUGGAUGUGAGGUAUGUUGUUUCAUGAGUGCAAGUUCUCGUUAUAUAAAUUAGAAUCUUCACUAUGUGAAAAGGUUCCUGUCUGCCUCUUUCUUCAGUAGCCAUUCAUUGGUCAUCGAACAAAAUUCAUAUGAAUUCAGAGGCACAUGCUUUCUCCCUGAAUCCUGAAGAUUUCAGGGAGAAAUUGCAGGGAAAAUGUUCUUUUUCAUGUGAAUGUGAUUUUAUCUUACGUGGUUAAAUGUCUGCAAUAAAGAUAUACUUACAAUCAUCCCCUUAAUUCCUGCAAUGAAAAUCUCAUAUAUACAUAUACAUAUGGAGGAGAAGGCUAAAUUGUAAGGAUCCUAAUGGAAUGUAUUAUUGCCGUACCUUUUCUGCCAUACAGGAUUUGUCUAAUAAUGAAUGACUGUUAAUGACCACCCAACAUUUUGUUAUAUAUAUACAUAUUAUCUUCCUCAAUCACUAGUUGAUUUUUAUCUAGUUGGUCGUAUUACAUCUAUCUAGCCAGAAUGAAGUGGGCAUUCUCUCUCUUCUUUCUUGUAGUCUUCGUCUCUGUCACUUUACAUGUUCAUCAGGCCAGUGGGGCUGCAAAUAUUGUGAAGAGCAUCAUUGUCGAUCUCAAUGGUAAAGGAGAUUUCAAGACAAUCCAAGAGGCCAUCAACUCAGUGCCUGCUAACAACAACCAAUGGAUACGGAUUCAUGUCUCGGCAGGAGUCUACAGGGAGAAGGUGCACAUACAAAACGAUCAACAAUUCAUCCUACUGGAAGGUGAAGGGCGUGACCAAACAGUGAUUGAGUGGGGGGACUAUGCCAGCGAUCCUGGGAAGCAUACUACUAUCACCUCGGCGACUUUCACGUCAAGUGCAGACAAUUUUGUUGCUAAGUAUAUUACUUUCAAGAAUAGUGCUCAAAAUGUAGGGCAAGCAGUGGCAGCUUCGAUACAAGGGAAUCAUUCUGCUUUCUAUGGCUGCGGCUUCAUUGGCGUCCAGGACACGCUUUAUGAUCAAUUUGGACUGCACUACUUCAAAGAAUGCUAUAUUGAGGGUGCGGUUGACUUCAUAUUUGGAUGUGGCCAAUCUAUCUAUGAGAAAAGCCUGAUAUAUACAGUUCAACGAGCUGGUGUUGUGACAGCUCAGGGAAGGGAGAGCCCUACUGACGAGAAUGGGUUUGUCUUCAAGGGCUGUGUUGUGAAUGGGACUCACAAAGCCAGUUUAGGGAGAGCAUGGAGAAAUUAUGCACGGGUAAUAUUUUAUAAAACCUUCAUGUCAGACAUUGUGGAUCCUGAAGGGUGGAAUGCUUGGGGGGGCAAGGAAGAAGAUACAACUUUUGUGGAAUCUGGUUGUCAUGGACCCGGGUCAGAUACAUCACAACGGGUGAAGUGGAUGAAGAAACCAAGUCCUGCUGAGCUGAGGAAGUUCACCCAUAUAACAUAUAUUGAUAGUGAAGGAUGGAUUAGUGCACAACCCUAAAUUUAAUUAUAUUCGAACUGAUCUUAAUGAUGCACGAUUUCCUAUGUAAGUUGUUGCCUUCCAUUGUUGCAUGCACUCUCUCGCUAUCUGUUCUAUCAUCGGAGGUUGUCAUUACGCUGUCCUGUUUAGAAACUUAAUGUAGACAAACAUUCUAUUUUGUUA